CUGAAUAUACAACAUACACAUACAGUCUGUAUUUCUCUCUGAACCCGUCUGUCUCUUACAUUAUACUGAUUUUAUCUUCAUAAACACCAGCACAUAUUCAAAUUCCCUUCCAAAGAACCAAAUGCACAAUGCUUCAUUAUUUUUCUCUGCACUACACAUUCGUAAGAAAUACGUCAAUUUAGAGGAAAAAUGCAAAUAUGAUUCAGACACACAGUGUGAACAGAACAACAUCAGCGUCAUUAUCAGCUGGAAUCAGGACAGAAACAGGUGAAAACUGAAGCUUUAUUUGUCUCAGAAAUGGAAAGAGUUGCAUUCAUCACUUUUCUUCUGACAGCUGUCUUCAGUUUCUCUGCAUGUGUUCCACAUCAGUAUCAUUUUGUGAAUAAAACAGUCAGCUGGACUGAAGCUCAGAGAUUCUGCAGAGAGAAUUACACAGAUCUGGCCACCAUCAACAACAAGAACGACAUUGAAGAACUGAUGAAGUCUGUGAAUGAUAAAAGUGUUCUGCUUGUCUGGAUCGGACUGCACAAGACAGAGAAUAAAACAUGGAAGUGGUCUCUGGGUGACCCUGCGAUCUACACAGGAAGUGAUUCACUGUAUCAGAAAUGGGGAAACGAUCAAUCAAAUGCUGCUGGUGACUGUGUUUAUAUGAAGAAUGGAGAAUUGCACAACAAUAACUGUACAGACAAAAACUCUUUCAUUUGCUAUAAUGCCAGCAGUAAAGAAUACAUCUUUAACAGUACACAAAUGAACUGGAGAGACGCUCAGAGUUUCUGCAGAGAGAAACAUACAGAUCUGGUCAGUGUGAGGAACCAGAAUGAGAAUCAGACGAUUCAGAACAUUAUUAAUAAUCAGACAGGAAAUCAUAAUGUCUGGAUCGGUCUGUUCAGAGACUCGUGGGAGUGGUCAGAUCACAGUGAAUCCUCAUUCAGAUUCUGGGCACCUGGUGAAGCCUCAGCAGGAAAUACUGAAAACUGCACAGUGAUCUCACUCAAUGAGCCGCGGGGGAAAUAUCAGGACUGGCACGGUGAUCAAAGCCACAAUUACCCCUUUGUCUGUCAUGAGGAUCAACUGGUUUUGAUUAAACAGAAUCUGAUCUGGAAUGAAGCUCUGAGAUACUGCAGAGAGAAUCAUGUGGAUCUGGUGUCAGUUGAUUCUCAGCAGAUUCAGCAUCAUGUGAUGAAUGUGGCUAGAAAUGCCUCAACUACAGCUGUGUGGAUGGGACUCCGUCGCUCAUGCAUUAUGGGUCUGUGGUUCUGGGUGAAUGGAGAGAUCUUGUGCUAUCAGAACUGGGCUGCAGGUAACGGCACUGGACAGGAAGACUGCAGUGGAGGACUAGCUGGAGCAGUUCAGUCUGGAGGAGAUCAGACCUGGAUCAGCCGUCCUCAGACUCAACAACUCAACUUCAUCUGCACCAACUGAAGACUGAAUCAAGAUCUUCAUCUUUGACCUGGCAUGAGUAGAGCUACAAUUUCAUCAUGUUACAUAUUUCAUUUAAAUUAAAAAUUAAAAUAAAAUUUCAUUUUUAUGUAAAUCAAUGUGAAAUCUAUCACUUCAACAUGAUGCUAAUUUUCUCUGUGGGUUGUUCUGUGCUGUUGUCCUGAGAUGAAUCAUGUGUUAAUGUGAAUGUCAGUUCUCAUGAUUCAGAAACACUCAAGAUGUAUUCAAACAUUUACACUAAUUUACUUACCUUUACUGCUCUUUAUUUUAUUUUGUGGUCUGACAUGUAGUAUCAGUAGUUUUAUUGUAUUUAAAAAUAUUUGACAGGCUGUUUCUCAAUGCUCUUGUGGACUUGUUUGACGUCAUCACCCACCUCCAAAAAAGAAAAAAAGAAAAUAGUUAAAAGUUGUUUAAUCUACAUAUGACAGCACAUAAGGAUUGUCACGAUACCAUAAAUCAUAUCUUACGAUAUUAUACCAGCUAAACUAUCACGAUACCACACGAUAGUGUGUUAAUUCUUAACACAGUUUGUCAUAGUGCUUCUUAUAAACUAGCCAUUUAAUUCCACUUGUUGCUCCGGAAAUGGUGGAAAUAACUGAUGGAUGAACUGGGAGAAGGCUCAAAUGGACUAACUUGUUACCUAAUACAUUCUUAGUUUGAUGUAAAUAUAAAAUAAAAAUAAAAUCUUCACUGCAUCAAAACAGCCAGUUCAAGCGGCAAUGACUUUAAACUUUUAUUCCAUUAUUUCUGUGGUUGUUUGAAUGUUGGCAACAUAAAAAUAAAGAUAUUGUACCUUUGAAAAGACUGUUUUGAGCAGCUGUUUCAUUAUUACAACCGCUUCAGCCCCUCUCUCUUGGUAAACAGCAGCGUGAGUGUAGAUUAUACACACACCGGUUUGACCGCACACCUCAGGGAUGUAAUCAAACUGUGACCAAACCGAUCUGGGCUGAUCGUAGAGACCAUUGGCACCGAUGCUUACGAUGCUUUUAAUAAAUGCAGCCCUGAUCAUAAGUGGGAAGUUUCUGCCACCAUGCAUUUGUAAUAAAUCUAGAGACAUGGUAAAUCUGUAAAUGUUAAGAUAAAGAAUUUAGCUUAAAUGAAGUGGCACUAAACUGUGUGUAUUCUGCAGAGGCAGUGGGUUGUGUCCAAAGGUGUUUAAUAAGGUUGCUGGUGUUUCCCCCUUUGGCUUGAAAUCUCUGUCGACAUUCCCGGUCUCAUCAGCCAAAACCCAAAAUAAUUUCAAGUCUCGCUACGUGAAUUGUGUUGUGUAAAAAGCUUCUCACUCUCCACAGUUUUAUUUACAUCCAUAUUAUCCAUUAGGAGACACGGCCGCCAAAUUAACACGUUCAGAUGUGUGUGUUUGAAGCAUGAGAAAACCACACUUUGAGAAAUAAACAAUACCAUAUUAGGGGCAAAUUCUAAACAGCAUUUUGCGCUCUUAAAGGGCACUGUGUGAAGAGGACGCCACUCAAAAAGUCUAUAUUUGUAAUAUUAUUGCAGAAAUAGGUCUGAUUUAAAUGAAGGUUUUAGCGAAAAUAAUAUUUACUACUGCACAUACAACAUAACUUACGGUACUACCGUAUUAACAGUACUACCACUUAGAAAUACGGCAUCGGCAGUAUUUUGAAGCUUUACAGCACAUCUCAAAACUCGCACAGAUCUCUUUAGUGUCCUCAUGUCUUCUGUGUUUGUUCUUUAAACGUAGUUAGGCAAGACUGAUUUUCACAAGAACACAAGAAUGAGAACGCAUCCUUAGCAUUGAGAAACACCCAGAAUGUAA